AUGAUUUCUUUUGACUCAGAAAGUCUAAUGAUGAUAUUAGAUGGAGUACAACUUUUGAGUAUAUCGAAUAUCUAUUAGUAGUGUUAUUUUGCUAAAAAUGGUAGUAUCUUCAACAUCUAAAAUGCAACUUUAAUUGAUGAUUUUUCAUCUUACAUUGAUGAUGGAGCUGAACAAGGAGGAUUAAUGUACACUUAUAAUGCUAAUACAACUGAAUCAAUACUUGGAUUAGGUGGAUUUCUAUUUAUUAAUGAGGCUAAUUUCAGUAAUAUUGACAACUUAGUGCUAAUUGAUUCUUAUUCAGCUUCAAAUGGAUCAUAAAUCUAUUCUUAGAAAAAUGGGCUGAAUUUUAUUCUCUCUAACUCAAUUUUCAAAUAGAUUGAAAGACAGGCUUUAACUUAAUACCCUGAACCUAUAUCUGCAGAGAAUUCUGGGGGGAUCACUCUAUUAAAUCCAUAAUAAACUAUACUAAUUUUUAAUUCAUUCUAUGGUAACUUCUUUGCAAAAACAGGUGGUGCAAUAUAUAUUUUUGGAGGGACUUUAUCUGCUUUAAGAUGCAAUUUUUAUGGUAUGUUCUCACUAUAUGGCGCUUCUAUGUAUUUGGAUAAUCUUUAAGAAUCUGUUUUAGAAAAUAUAUUAUUCUCAACAAGUGUUGCUAGAGUUUAAGGAGCAGGAUUAUUUAUUUAAAAUCCAAGAGGAGAUGUUUUAAUCUUGGGCUCGUUUUUUAGAAGCCUUUAUUCAGAGAAUGAGGCAGCAUGUGUUUACUACAUAGUUGAAGAUUCUACUCUAUCUUAAGAAACUUUUAAUUCUUAGUUUUAUAGUCUAGAGUUCAGAAAUGUAGAUUUUACUUUAAUUUAGGCACAUACCGCUAGUUCAAUUAAAGUUUAUAGUUUACAUACAAAUGUAUACUUCUCGGAUUGCUAAUUAGUCUAAUCCUAUGGUCAAAGCUACAACUCAAUUUUAAUUCAGUCAGCAAAUUUAGUUGAUAUUUCAAACUUUUAUGUAUCUAGUAUUUACUCGGUUACUAAUUCAGGUUUCUUGUACAUAGAUUAUGUAACAGAAUCUGUGAGUGUUCGCUUUUCAUAAAUUUUUUGCAGAACUGAGAAUGAUGAAUACACUAAUCCUCCUUACAACUAUUGGAGAAAUUUAGUAGAUAAUGAUGAACAAUUAGAUUAUAACUACUAAGCUUAAAGACUUCUCGAAUUUAAUUUUGAAUCUAUUGGAUAGGGGUAUCAUUCGAAUUUAGAUAUAAUGACUCCAAUAUUUGUUAAUUCGGCUAAGUAGUUUCUCAUAGAUACCCUCUAUAUGCAAAAUUGUAUAAUGAACAGCUAAACCACUCCCAUGACCCAAGGACUUAUUGUAUUUUAAUAAGAUUCAUCGUUAUUUGUUGACAUGAAUUCUAAUUACCAUGAUCUUGAAGGUCUAUAUAGUGGAAUCUAUAGUUUCAACAAAAAUAAGGCUUUUCUUUAUAAUAAUACAGUGAAGAAUCUUAUUACUAAUGUUCAUGGUGCAGUUUAUUCUAAUACUAUUUAACAACUAUUUGUGCACAAUUGCAUUUUUUUCAAUGUGACAUAAGCUGGAGGGAGUUUCGAGUCAAAUGGAGGAAUCUUUUCUUUUAUUGCUGAUGAAACUGAUUUGAGACUUCACAGGACUGUAACUAUUAGAAAUUCAACAUUUGAAAAGAUAACAAUGCUUGCUGGGUAUGGGGGCUUUAUCUAUCAAUAUGAUAGAUAAUUGCUCUUCAUUAUUUAGUCAAUUACUGUGAGGAAUGUUAGAGCUAAUAGUCAUGCAAUUUUCUACAUGAUAGGACUAAGAACUGGCCUUUAUAUAUCUUCACUUCCAUAGUAUCAAAGGACUGAAUUUUCAGAUUUCUUUUCAACGUUUCCUACAUAAUUUCUUAAUAUAUUAGAUGGAUUUUAAAGAGUUCAAAAUGCAGUAUAUAUCAAGGAUACUACGAUUAACUGUGAAACUACAAUUAUUUCUGAUUCGGUAAAUGGCUAUUAUGUUUAAUCUAAUGAAGGAAUUAUACGUUAUGAAGGGAUAGCUGGCUUGCAUACUGAGAACUGCAUAUUCAAAAAUUGUAGAAAAUCUAAUUAAGGACCUAUUGUAAGGAUUUAAACAUACUUAUACUCAGAUAAAGGAUCACAGUUUUAUGAUUUAAAUGGCAUGUACGGUUCUAUAGUUUCAUGCAUAGACUGUACUUUAUUAAUGCAAGAUUCAAUAAUUCAUGAUGUUGAAUCUGACGUAUCAGGAGGAGCAUUCUAUAUUUCAGGAUUUAGCAAAGUGAAUCUUAAAAAUAUCACUGCCUAUAAUAUUAAAGCAAAAAUGCUAGGUGGGUUUUUAUUCAAUGAAAAGUCAAGUUAUAGAGAUGAUUCUAUCAUAGAAAUUUAAGAUUCAAAAAACAUAUCAAAUACCUACUCUAAUUAAGGUGGCUUCAUAUAUAUUAAUAGCCCUAAUACAAACUUAUCACUUCGAAAUAAUGAGUUAAAGAAAAUAAAUUCUAAGGUUUAGGGAGGUAUCUUCUAUGUAACUGACUCAGAUAUGAUCUUAAUUGAAAACUCUAAAUUUACUGAAUUUUAAUCUAUAACUGGAGCUUUUAUUUCAUCCUCUUCUUUUUCAAUGAGAUUAGUGAUUACAGCUUCGACUAUAAUAUGUGAUAAAUUCUAUAAUUAAGAUUCUGAAAUAAGUGAUCUUUCUGACUGGUAGUAUUAAAGUUCCAAUAAAGGAUAGUUUCAAUUGCAAAAUAUUGUUAGCAUUACUCUUAGAAAUAAUAUUUUCUAAAAAUGUGGGAAAUCUUCUUAAGGAGGCUUAUUUUCACUAUAGAAAACAAGUUUUACAGAUUAUAAAUCAAUUUACAGUGCUAAUUCUGGUUAGUAUGGUGGAGUAAUUAAUGCUCAAGAAACGAACGUAUCUUUGACUCAAUCAUAAUUCAUUGGUAAUUUAGCAUAAACAGCAGGUGCAAUUUAUGCCGUUUCAAAUUCAAAUAUUAGCAUUUCAAAUUGCAAAUUCGUGUAAAAUCAAGCAACUAAAUCAGCUGGUGCAAUAUAUGUCACAACUUAAUCAAUAAUAAAUAUCAUUGGAAGUUCAUUCAAAUAAAAUAAAGCUGAAGAGAAUUCCGCUCUUGAAAUUCUUAGCACAUUCAUAAAGGAGAAUGUCACCAUAUAAAAUUGUGACUUCCAUGAUAAUUAUGCCUUAAAGAAUACAAUUUCAAUGAUAUAUGCUAAUGCUGUUUUUAAAGAUCUUACAUUCAAGAAUAAUUAUGCUAAGUACAGAUCUAAGAAUUUGCUUUUGGGAUUCGUCAAUAUUACUAUAUCCAAUACUCUUUUUCAAAGUAAACAGCUUGAUAGUAUUACUCUAAAACAAGAUGAGACUAUUGGUUCAUUUAUAUUUUUGAUAUUUGAUGUUUUUAUGGAUAUUGAUAAUUGUGAGUUUAAAAAUGGAGCUUCUUAUUUAGGUGGUUCAAUUUAUAUUUCAGGAGAUAGUUUUAUUCGAAUCACUAAAUCUUAAUUUACAAAUAGUCAGGCAAAUUCAAAAGGUGGAGCAAUUUACUCAUCUGGCUUUAAGAGUAUCUUCAUUGGAGAGGGAUCAUAAUUCAUAAAUAACUCUGCUCUAGAAAAUGGAGAUGAUAUUUACAUUACUAACUCUUUUAACAUUUUAACCAUAUAAAAUGUUUACAUAUCAAGUUUAAAUUCAAAAAAUUCGAUUUACAUUGAAUCGGCAAUAUUACAUGCAGAAAAUAUGCUAAUUAAAGAUAUUAAUCAAAAUUCAUUAUCAAAGAGAGGAGCAGGAUUAUUCUGUAAUUAUUGUAAAGGAUUUCAAAUAAAAUCAUCUUAGUUUAUAAAUUUAAAAAGCAUAGAAGGUGGGGCAAUUUACUUGAUAGAACUUGAUGUAAACAAAGACACAACUUAGCAAUAAAAUACUGAAAAGUUUGUAAUUUAAAAUUCUUAAUUUCAUAAUUGCUCAGCCGAGAUUGGUGGUGCUAUAAAUGCAGACAAUCCUUAAUCACUUAAAAUAAUUAAUUCAACUUUUAACUAAAAUAAAGCUAAUAUUUAAAAGGGAAGAAAUCUUUAAAUAUAAAACAGAGGUUCAGGUGGUGCAAUUUAUUAUACUUGCAACAGUUAAUUGCUAAAUUGUAUAAUGAAAUUUGAAGGAGUAAAUAUAUUCAAAGAUAAUUUCGCUGAAAUUCAAGGAGGAGCCAUAUUUUGGGAUGAACUGGAACCUAUUUAUUAAAAAAAUGAUUUGCGCUUCGCUAAUAAUAUAGCGAUGUAUUAUGGAAAUGAUAUUGCAUGCUUCUCUCAAAAUCUAAAUUCUGUUACAUAUUAGGAUUACCUUAAUCAAAUGAUUUAGUUGGGAAUAUUAACUUAAGAUGAUUAGGCAUUAAGACUAUUAGAAGAUGAAAAAUAUUCUUCUAUAGAAAUAAAAUCUCAAAGAAGUGGAGGUAGCUUACCGAAUUUAUAUAUGGCCCUUCAAGACAAAUAUGGGUAGAUAGUUGGAUCAGAUUUUAAAAGUAAAGUAAGAGUAAGUGUUGAAACUACAAAUUUGGAUGCAAAGCAGAGCUUAUAUCCACCAAUCCUUGAGGGCACUCUUUCCUUUGACAUAGUAGGAGGUAUAGCCUUAAUAUAUUAAAUUUCAAUUUCUGGAAAUCCUGGUAGUGCUUACAAACUUGUUAUAACAACUGAUGGAAUUGAUUUAAGUAAAAAAUCAAAUCAAGAUGAAAUGGCAGAAAAGGGUACAUUAAACUUAGAUUCUGACUUGUAAAUUUAGCUGAGAGAAUGUGAAAUUGGUGAAUAAUUCACAGUGAUUGGAAAAUGUUAGAAAUGUGAAUAGAGCUUUUCUUUGAUAAAAAUGAAAUAACCAGGAACUUGUGAAAAUUGCCCAACUGAAAAAGCUAUCUGCAAUGGUGGAGCUGAAAUAGGUCCUUAACCAGGAUUUUGGAGAAAAAAUAAUCAGUCAAAGGUUUUUAUAUAAUGUCUUUUUGCACAAGCUUGCUUGGGAAUGGUUCCUCCUUAAAAUAAUCCUCUCGGAGAAUGCUUUAUAGGAUACCAAGGUAUCCUUUGUGCUGACUGUAUGAAUGGAUACUCUAGAGAUAAUGAUUACUAAUGUGCAGAAUGUCCUGAACCUGCGUUAAAUGUACUUAGGCUAAUAACGAUAUUCAUAGCAAUUGUAAUACUUAUUGUUCUGAUAAUAAGAUCAACUUUGAAAGGAGCUCAAGAUAUAAAUAAUGUUACAAGCAUUUAUCUGAAAAUUCUACUUAAUCACUUCCAACUAAUCCUUAUGACAGCCUCUUUCGAUUUCUAAUGGUCAUAAUAAAUAGUUAGUUUUUUCACAACAACGAAAUAAGUCGCAACAUAAUCAACUUAAAUUUUCAGUUUUGAUUGUUUCUUAGAUACUAGAGGUGAGAGCAAAGGUUCUCAAAUGUCGAGAAUAUUUUUCUAAAAAUUAAUUAUCAUAGCACUCUUACCCUUCCUACUUGCAAUUAUUUCCUCACUAAUUUGGAAUAUAUAUAAGAAACUUAUGAGAAAUUCAGUUAGAAUUAGCAGUAAAAUAAUGUCAAGUUUAGUCAUCUUGCUAUUUUUGGUCCAUCCAAGUUUAGUCACUUAUUCAUUCAAUGAUUUUAAGUGCAAAGAAGUAGAUGGACAAUAUAGAGUAUAAGAUGAUUUGGAAAUUAUAUGUUGGUCUCCAGAGCACACAUUUUAUAGUUAUUUUGUGGCACUUCCUUGCAUAAUAGUAUGGGGACUAGGCAUUCCAUUUUUUGCAUUAUCUAUUCUUAUUGCAAAAAGAAAGAAAUUAGAUAACUUUGAAAUUAGAUAAAGAUUUGGAUUUCUAUAUAGAGGAUAUAGGAAGGAUUACUAUUAUUGGGAAAUCGUAAUAAUGUAUAGAAAAAUCUUGAUAAUAUUUGCUGCGGUAUUUAUUAGUAACUUUGGAAUAGUAGCCUAGGCUCUUAUAGUAUUCUUCAUUCUCAUCAUAUUUUUGUUGAUUAAUUUUAAGAAAUAGCCUUUCAACACGCUUGUCCUCAAUGAUUUGGAAACACUAUCACUAAUAACAUCUAUGGUUACAAUAUAUUGUGGACUAUUUUUUAUCUUAAAUAAGCCUAAGACCUGGAUUGAAGAAAACCCAGAUUAUGCAAGAGGCUCAGUAUCAUUAUCAAUUGGCUUUUAAAGAUUCUUUUUUGCUCUGAUUUUAUUCUCGAAUUUGCUAUUUUUCGCUUACUGGGCUCUUAAGAUCAAAAUCUAAAUAGGUUGA